GAGCGGCUCACCACAGGACAGUGUAGUCGGGGGGAGCGCAAAGACCGAAUGGAACGGGACUUCAACGCCAAACAGGAUCAGUUCUCGGCCCAGUUCCAGGACCGUGUUACUUGGUGAGCCACCAUGCCGGCCGGGUCGGUGAAACUGGAAAGUAUCAAAAGGUUUGGCCAGGAGAAUCAGAGUUACGAUGUCUCCGAUGACGAACCAGCUGGCUCCUACAUGAGCAUGACCACAACCAAGGAAACAAAGCAAGCUGAAGGCAAGAAGAAUGACGCUACAAUAAGAGUUGGCUUUUUUCAGCUGUUCCAUUUUGCGACAUGCCACGAGGUGGCAAUGAUGGUGGCGGGCAGCGUGUGCGCCGUGCUGCACGGCUCGGCCCAGCCGCUCAUGCUGCUGGUGUUCGGCCUGCUGACCGACACCUUCAUCGAGUACGACAUCGAGCUGAACGAGCUGAGCGACGGGAGCAAGGAGUGCGUCAACAACACCAUCCAGUGGAGCAGGAACUACACCGACGGGCUCCUGAACGCCUUCCAGCAGUCGCACUGGGGCCCCGGCAACUUCUCCGCCGUGUUGCUGAGCAACCGGUCGUGUGGGAUCCUCGACAUCGAGUACGAGAUGACCCUGUUCGCCUUCUAUUAUGUCGGGAUCGCAGUAGCGGUCUUCAUCUUGGGAUAUUUUCAGAUCUCUCUGUGGGUGACGGCGGCCGCCAAGCAGAUCCAGCGCAUCAGAAAAAUCUACUUCAGCAAGGUGAUGAGGAUGGAGAUCGGCUGGUUCGACUGCACCUCGGUGGGCGAACUCAACACGCGCAUGUCCGACGACAUCAACAAGAUCAACGACGCCAUCGCCGACCAAGUGGCCAUUUUCCUGCAGCGCUUCACCACCUUCGUGUGCGGCUUCUGCGUGGGCUUCGUGAAAGGAUGGAAGCUGACGCUUGUGAUCGUGGCGGCGAGUCCGCUGAUUGGCGUCGGCGCCGGUCUGAUGGCUCUGUUUGUGGCUAAGCUAACGGGCAUGGAGCUGCAGGCCUAUGCUAAAGCUGGAGCCAUCGCAGACGAGGUCCUCUCCUCCAUCAGGACGGUGGCUGCUUUUGGCGGAGAGAUGAAAGAGGUGCAACGCUACGACAAAAACUUGGUGUCAGCCCAGCGUUGGGGCAUCAGGAAAGGCUUGAUCAUGGGGUUUUUCACGGGCUACAUGUGGCUCAUUAUCUUCCUGUGCUACGGCCUGGCCUUCUGGUACGGCUCCAGUCUGGUGGUGGACGCGAGGGAGUACACGCCGGGCACGCUCCUGCAGGUGUUUUUUGGCGUCCUGAUUGCAGCCAUGAAUUUGGGGCAGGCGUCACCUUGUCUGGAAGCAUUCGCCGCAGGCCGAGGAGCCGCCACCAUCAUCUUUGAAACCAUCGACAGAGAGCCUGAGAUUGACUGUUUAUCUGAAGCGGGAUAUAAGCUAGAUAAGGUCAAAGGUGACAUCGAGUUCCACAACGUGACCUUUCACUACCCUUCCAGGCCGGAGGUCAAGAUUUUGGAGCAGCUGAGUGUGGCGGUGAAGUCGGGUGAGACCACCGCCUUCGUUGGCCCGAGUGGCGCCGGAAAGAGCACGACCGUGCAACUCAUUCAGCGCUUCUACGACCCUCGAGAGGGGAUGGUGACCCUGGACGGUCACGACAUCCGCGGGCUGAACAUCCAAUGGCUGCGCUCGCUCAUCGGCAUCGUGGAGCAGGAGCCCGUGCUGUUCGCCACCACCAUCGCCGAGAACAUACGCUACGGCCGCCCCGCCGUCUCCAUGGACGACAUCGUCGCCGCCGCCAAGGAGGCCAAUGCGUACAGUUUCAUCAUGGACCUGCCGCAGAGGUUCGACACCCUGGUGGGGGAGGGCGGCGGUCAGAUGAGCGGCGGUCAGAAGCAGCGUAUCGCCAUCGCCAGGGCUCUGGUGAGGAAUCCCCGCAUCCUGCUGCUGGACAUGGCCACCUCAGCCCUGGACAACGAGAGCGAAGCUGUGGUCCAAGAGGCCUUGGAUAAAGUGCGCCAGGGCCGGACCACCAUCUCCAUCGCCCACCGACUGUCCACCAUCAAGAACGCCGACGUGAUCGUGGGCUUUGAGCGUGGCCAGGCAGUGGAGAAAGGCAAACACAGCGAGCUGCUGGACAGGAAGGGAGUCUAUUUCACUUUGGUCACCUUGCAGAGUCAGGGAGACAAAGCCCUCAAUGAGAAGGCCCGACAAAUGGCUGAGAAUGAAGAAGUGCCAGAGAAGAUCAGUCUAUCAAGGGGUGGCAGCUACCGGGCCAGCUUGAGAGCCUCCAUCCGUCAGAGAUCCAGGUCACAGCUGUCCAACCUGAUUCCGGAAUACUCCGUGUCCAUGGCUGGAGAGCUGGGCCCCAGAGCCUACGCUGUGUCACAAGCAGACCAAUCCAAGGACGCCAUCCCGGAAGAGGAGGAGGAAGAACCCGUGGAGCCGGCGCCGGUCGCUCGGAUCCUGAAGUACAACGUGCCCGAGUGGCCGUACAUGCUUUUUGGAUCUCUGGGGGCUGCUGUGAACGGGGGAGUCAACCCCGUCUACUCGCUGCUCUUCAGUCAGAUCUUGGCGACCUUCUCGCUGACAGAUACUGUGGCUCAGAGGAAGGAGAUUGAUGGCAUCUGCUUAUUCUUUGUCAUGGUCGGCGUUAUCUCCUUCUUCACUCAGAUGCUGCAGGGUUAUGCCUUCUCCAAGUCUGGAGAGCUGCUGACCCGCAGGUUACGUCGCCUAGGCUUCCACGCCAUGCUGGGCCAGGAGAUUGGCUGGUUUGACGAUCACAGGAACAGCCCCGGAGCGCUGACCACACGACUGGCGACCGAUGCCUCGCAAGUACAAGGGGCCACCGGCUCCCAGAUCGGCAUGAUCGUCAACUCUCUGACCAACAUCGGGGUGGCCAUCCUCAUGUCCUUCUACUUCAGCUGGAAGCUCACGCUGCUCAUCCUGUGCUUCCUGCCCUUCAUCGCUCUGUCAGGCGGCUUCCAGGCCAAGAUGCUCACCGGCUUUGCCAAGCAGGACAAGGAAGCCAUGGAGUCUGCAGGACGGAUCUCAGGCGAAGCCCUCAACAACAUUCGCACCAUCGCUGGUCUGGGCAAGGAGAAGAACUUUGUGGACAUGUACAAUGCACAGCUGGAUGCUCCGUACAAGGCAGCUUUGAAGAAGGCUAACGUCUACGGCGCUUGUUACGGUUUCGCCCAAUGUGUCGUCUUCUUGACCAACUCCGCCUCGUAUCGCUUCGGGGGCUACUUGGUACGCCAAGAAAAGCUCCAUUUCAGCUUGGUGUUCAGGGUCAUCUCUGCCAUCGUCACCAGCGGCACAGCCCUGGGCAGAGCUUCCUCCUACACUCCCGACUAUGCCAAGGCCAAGAUUUCUGCCGCACGCUUCUUUCAGCUGCUGGAUCGCAUGCCUAAGAUCAGCGUCUACAGUAACAAUGGACAUAAAUGGGAGAACUUCCAAGGGAACCUGGAGUUCAUUGACUGUAAGUUCACUUACCCCACCAGACCAGACAUCCAGGUCCUCAAUGGGUUGAACGUGGCGGUGAAGCCCGGCCAGACCUUGGCCUUUGUGGGCAGCAGUGGCUGUGGAAAGAGCACCAGUGUGCAGCUCCUGGAGAGGUUUUAUGACCCCGACAAGGGCAAAGUGCUGAUCGAUGGCCGCGACUCCACCCUGGUCAACGUGUCUUUCCUGCGCUCCAAGAUCGGCAUCGUGUCCCAGGAGCCCAUAUUGUUUGACUGCAGCAUCGCCGACAACAUCAAGUACGGCGACAACUCGCGCGCCAUCGGCACCAACGAGGUGAUCGCCGCUGCCAAGAAAUCGCAGCUCCACGACUUCGUCAUGUCUCUCCCUGAGAAAUACGACACCAACGUGGGCGCUCAGGGUUCUCAGUUAUCGCGAGGUCAAAAGCAGCGCAUCGCCAUCGCCAGGGCGAUCAUUCGCGACCCCAAGAUCCUGCUGCUGGAUGAAGCCACCUCAGCUCUGGACACGGAGAGCGAGAAGACCGUGCAAGCGGCGCUGGACAAGGCCAGAGAAGGCAGGACAUGCAUCGUCAUCGCCCACCGCCUGUCCACCAUUCAGAACUCGGACAUCAUCGCCGUCAUGUCUCGGGGCUACGUGAUCGAGAAGGGAACGCACGACCAUCUGAUGGCCCUGAAGGGAGCCUACUACAAGCUGGUCACCACCGGGGCACCAAUCAGCUAAUGGCAGAUGACAUGAGGGAACGUUAGAUAAUGACAGUAUUUAUUUGUGUGGAAAGGCCAGCAGGGGGUUUGAUGACCGUGUCGUGAUGCUGGCUGUCAAGCAGACUUCUAUUUGCUUGUCAUAGGGCGAGCAGUUUUUUGGAGUUCCCAGCAUGUUAUAAAAUAUACAAGGUGCUUUGCGAUAGGCCUGGUUGAAAACUGCAUACAAGUGUUUUACAUCAGUCCAUAUCCACAAUUAUUGAUUAUGACCUAUUAAAAUGAAGGACCCGGAUAAAAAUAUAUUGCAAUGCAUUUCAAAAGUCUCCUUCCUCUGAUUUGAAUCGAGGCAGAAAGCAAAGGAAUUGUCAACGCAAGCACGGGGAACACUCAAUGCAGACAAAAUCGUAAACACUGAACAACACCGGCAAAUUCCCUGACGAAUUGAAAAUUGCGAAAGUCGUACCAAUUUAUAAGAAUGGAGACAUACACCAGUUUACUAACUACAGACCAGUUUCAUUACUUCCACAAUUCUCCAAAAUCAUGGAAAACCUUUUCAAUAGCCGAUUAGAUAUAUUUAUCAACAAAAGUGGGACGCUCGUGGAGAACCAAUAUGAGCAAAUAUCUCAACAUCGAUAGCAUUAAUCAAAAUAACAGAGGAAAUUACCAAUGCAAUAGAUGGUAAAGAAUGUGCGGCCGCAAUAUUCAUGGACUUAACAAAAGCAUUUGACACAAUUAAUCAUGAUAUUUUAAUUAAAAAAAUUUGAACGAUAUGGCAUCAGAGGCUUGGUCUUGAACUGGGUAAAAAGCUAUUUCACCAACAGGAAGCAAUAUGUGAAGAUGGGUGAAAAUAUGUCAACACGGCUAGAAAUAUCUUGUGGUGUACCCCAGGGAUCAAUACUGGGACCAAGAUUGUUUAAUCUUUAUAUAAACGACAUUUGUAAAGUUACAAAGGACUUAAAGUCAGUUUUAUUUGCAGACGACACAACUGCCUUCUGUUCAGGAGAGAACACACAGAAGAUAAUACAAAAAAUAACAGAAGAAAUGAACAAAUUAAAAAGAUGGUUAGACAAAAACAGACUAUCUUUGAAUCUCAGUAAGACUAAAAUAAUGCUAUUUGGUAACAGUAGAAAAGAGCAUCAUACACAAAUACAAAUAGACGGAGUAGACAUUGAAAGGGUAAAAGAAACCAGAUUUUUGGGAGUAUUAAUAGAUGAUAAAAUCAACUGGAAAUCUCAUAUACAAAGCAUACAACCUAAGGUGGCAAAAAACAUUUCAAUAAUGAAUAAAGCAAAAUACGUCCUGGGCCAAAAAUCACUUCAUAUUCUUUACUGCUCGCUAGUGUUACCAUAUCUGAGUUAUUGUGCAGAAAUAUGGGGAAAUAACUACAAAUGUGCACGGCAUUCGUAAACCGUGUUACAAAAAAGAUCAAUUAGACUAAUACACAACGUUGGAUAUAGAGAACAUACAAACACUUUAUUUAUUGAGUCCAAAAUAUUAAAGUUCGAUGAUUUGGUAAAAUUGCAAACAGCUAAAAUGAUGUACAAAGCAAACUAUAACCUGCUACCCAAGAAUGUACAACAAUUCUUCUCAACUAAAGAUGGGAAAUAUAAUUUAAAACAUUUGUAUGCACGUACAACACUUAGAACCUUUAGCAUAUCAGUAUGUGGAAUGAAAUGAUGGGAUGGAUUAAGUAAAGAAGUUAAACAUUGUACUGAUAUGAUCCAGUUUAAGAGGUUGUUCAAAUGAAUAGUGCUUACAAAGUACAAAGAAGAAGAAUUAUGAGAAAUACUUUCAACCUUUUUGAAAAUAAAUUAUUCUUCAUCUCAGUAUGUUAAUAAUGACUGACUUAAUUAUAUAUUACAAAACUGUUGUGUUACUCAUUAACGGAUGUCAUUUUACUAUAAAAAAGUCAGUAAAUGAAUGUAUAUAUUUGUAAACGCUCUGAAGUGGGAAAGGGGUAGGAUUAAAUAAGCUUUGCUUCUUCCUACUCCUUUUCGGACAUGAUGUAAAGUGAAAUGAUAUGAAAUUGUGUGAUGUAUUAUGCUGUAAGUGUGUUCAUGUUCGAAAUAAACUAAAGAAAGAAGGAAAGAAUAAUCUCUUAAUGAGUAGGUGCGAAACUUUAGCAUGCAAGCACGCUAACAUUAAAGUGCUAACUUUUUUGCUAA